AUGGAAAUAGAUGGGGCGGCAGGAUCACCUGCAGACAACGGAAGGUCUUGGAAUGAGUCUACGCCUACACCCGAGACCCCCUUUCUAAGCCCCACUAAUUCCUAUUCUACACCCGGAUCGAAUCCACUAGCAACGCCUGUUCCAGAGAAAGAGCGCAUCGACUACACGGUCACCGAAUCAGCAGUCUCACAUGCCACAGUCUCAGAGCUCGCACUUGCAUCGGCUUCGUCUGCCUCCUCUCCUGCAAAUGUUCUUUCGCCUGUAUCGCGUCAGGCUGAUGAUGACGUAGGGUCUGGGCAUAGCAAGAACCGCAAACGAAAGCGCACCGCAGACGUUGAUGAUCCAACAGCAAGAACCGCAAGUCAGAAUGCCACCUCACCUUAUGAUAGAAUACAGGCAGCAGCAUCCCAGUUGUCCUUGCUGGCUGAUGAUGAAGACUUGGUCGUUAGUGAUGACCUCUCUUCACUCAGUUCAACUCCUGGAAGUCCUCUUCUCGAGCCUGCAGACCCCGGUGCGAUACAAGAACCCAGCCCCCUGGACGUAACCUUUUCAAGACUUACUGAAAGGGAGAUAUCUAAGUUCGUAACACUGGUGACCAUCUUCUCAUACCUGACUUUCCAAAAUUUCUGGAACGACAUUCCCAGCGCUGGUUCCCGUCUGGCUUUUGGAGUGGUGCGACUUGGAAGAUUAACCAACCUCGAGUAUGAACUCGUCACCUGA